CCCAAACAGUUCAGGUGUAUAAAAGCAGCAGAAAGACAUUUGGUGCAUGGUAAGCAUCAUUGAACUAGCUUUUUUCUUUUUAGUUGAUCACACUUGGCUGAGCUACUGAGUCUAAAAUGGCAAAGAAAGUGCUGAUUGUGUACGCUCACCAGAGCUCAGGAUCAUUUAAUGCUGCAGCCAAAAACACUGCUGUGGAGGUUCUGACUGCUCAGGGCUUCACUGUGGAAGUCUCUGACUUAUAUGCUAUGGGUUUUAAAGCCAGUGCUACAGCUGAGGACAUCAAGGGUGAAGUGAUGAAUGCUGAGAACUUCUGUUACAUGAAGGAGACCAAACUUGCAUGGGAGCAGGGAAAACUGUCAGAUGACAUUACAAAGGAGCAAUCUAAGCUUACUGAGGCAGACCUGGUCAUUUUUCAGUUCCCCAUGUACUGGUUUGGUGUUCCUGCCAUCCUGAAGGGCUGGAUUGACCGGGUGCUCACCAAUGGCUUUGCCUUUUCUCAAGAGAAGCGCUACAGCCAGGGAAUCUUCAAGGACAAGAAGGCCAUGCUGUCAUUCACCACUGGGUCACUAGAAUCAAUGUUCAGCCCAACUGGUAUUAAUGGAGACAUGCAUGUUACACUGUGGCCACUGCAGAAUGGCAUCCUGCACUACUGUGGCUUCCAGGUUCUGACUCCUUGGAUCUUCUGGGCGCCAGCUUCUGCUGCAGCUGAAGAUCGCAAGAGCAUGCUGGAGAGCUGGAGCACACGACUGCAAGGCCUACUGGAGGAAAAGCCCCUGUCCUUCAUUCCCUUGGACUGCUUUGAUGAGAAGACUUUCCAGUUGAAGCCUAAUGUCUACGAGAGGCAUGCAAGCAAGACGUUUGGGGUGACAGUGGGCAUCUACCUCAACAAGCCACUGCCCCCUCACAGCCAGAAGAAGGCUGGAUACUGAUCGGUUGUACCAUUAAAUAAAAGCUGGUUUAUUCAGAA